UCUCACCAAUUUCCAUUUCCUCUUUCUCUCUCUCUCUCUCUCUCUCUCACUUCCGAAUCACACAGGAAAUUGCUGAAACUGGUGGUAAUCUAAGAAUCCAAACAUCCUGAGUUGAACGAUUACAAGCGUGUAGGACCCACAAAGUGGCACCCACGAUCUUCAAUAUACGGAGGAAGUUGGGUUUGAUUGGAAUCGGUGAUAGUGAUAAAAGGAGGGGAGAGAUUGGAAGGGAAAUGAGUACACCAGGCAAAGUAAAACAAUCAAAAAAAUCAAAGGCUUCGUCGUCUCUUAUGGACAGAAUGUUGGGUCUGCUCAGAAUUCGAAUUCGAAAAGGUAUAAACCUCGCCGUUCGCGACGUCCGUAGCAGUGAUCCUUACGUCGUCGUCAGGUUGGGCAACCAGAAACUGAAGACUCGUGUAAUCAGGAAGGAUGUCAAUCCUACUUGGAAUGAAGACUUGACUCUUUCUGUUUCUGAUCCUAAUAUUCCAGUCCAUCUGACAGUGUAUGACCAUGACACAUUCAGCAAAGAUGACAAAAUGGGAGAAGCCGAGUUUGACAUCGUAGCGUUUGUCGACGCCUUGAGAAUGGAUAUGGAAGGCCUCCCAGAUGGCACAGUAAUUACAAGAGUGCUGCCAUCGAAAAAGAACUGCCUUGCGGAUGAAAGCUGCGUUACAUUUUCAGGCGGUAAGGUUGUCCAGAAUAUGUGCCUCAGAUUGAAAAAUGUGGAAUGUGGUGAAGUGGAGCUCCAAUUGCAAUGGAUUGACCUUCCUGGCUGCAAGGGGUUAUAGAGUUCAUGAAUGGUUUUGUUUUUUUCUGGUUCUCGUCAUUUUCCAUUGUCUGUCUAUAGCCUGGUUUUAAGCUUCUACCACCAGUUACUGUGUGAGUUCCAUUGUGGGGUUUGACAGUUUGUUUACAAACGAGUAAUACAUACCUGUCUUUGUAUAAAAAUGUGCCCAUUCGAACGGUCUGUAGCUCAGUAUAUGAAGUUGGACAAUUUUGUUUUGUUUU